AUGUCCGCCAACUCAGCCAUCUCUAGACUUGUCCUUCAACACGACCUUCGGGAGGAUCCUGCAUAUGUCAAGGUGGAUGCGCGGACGAACACUGGGUUUAUAUUUCCUGCGUUUGGAUCCGCCCAGCAGGAUGAAGACGCUUAUGUGAUGUAUGGUGGUGUGGUGUUCUUCUAUAACAGGACGCACAUUGAUAUAUUCGUUUCUCAUUUGGGAGCAGAGAGUAAGUGGAUUGGUCCUCAAAACAUUGUUCGCGUGUACGAGUCCAUUACUGUUCAGGCUAAAGCUUGGAGAUCACGUGACCUGCCUCCACCUACCUGGAAGAGUCAAACUAUAGAUGUUAAGGAAGGUGGCUGUUUGAAUGCAUCACUUAACCAUACACUUAACAAAUAUCCUGACCUAAUUCUUGUACAGAUUCGAAACAAUGGGCGUAUUUUUCAUGGACAAGGAUUAUCAUUGAUAGCUAUUGCCGACGGAUGGGGAGAAAAGACAAACAUUUUACAUAUCAAGGAUGGAUCAAUCACAGUUACUGCUUGGGAUUUGACAGGAUUCAAGGAAAAUGAAAUUGUAAUAAAAAAGCGUUUGCAAGAAGUUGAAACCGCAAAGAACUUGCUCACUGAAAACUUAGCUACAGGCAAUUUUAUCAAUGUUCAGCUUCACGUGCUUGAUGGUGCAAACAAGAAUUUCCGGUUUGAUGGCGUCGGGUCUGUGAUAAAUGAAGCUGAACCAUACGGGGGACUCGUGUACGGUUACAACGACUCUGUGGUAGCUAUCUGGGUACCCCACAAAAGAGAAAGUGAAGAAUCAGCAGCUGUUUUCAUGUUAGGAAAGAUUUGGGGAUGGAACUUCAAGGAGCAAAUGACUAAUGACGUGGACAUAGUCUUAACAAUCAUGGAUGUGCUGGUGCCAAUCUGUUUACUUGAGGUAAAUACGUCGACAACACACAUAGAUUCUUCAUUCCAAUAUGAAAGUUACAACAAUUCUUUCCUAGAAUUUGCUUAUGGUGAUGAAAUCACAUUGACGUGUAAACGUGGUUAUAAAAAUAAAAACAUGACUGCUAAAGCUAGGCUUCUAAAGAUAUGUGCAUCUGAUCCGCGACCAUCCGCCAAGGGAAUAGGAGUCGUGUUGGGAAUAGGAGUUUUAGUUGUUAUCAUUUCAAGCAUUGUUCUCCUGGAUCUACCCAAUCUUAUAAAUGCAGUCAAAUCAAAGAAGCAGUGA